UUACAACAAUAAAUUUAAGUUUAAAAACUUUCUUCAUCCAAUAAGACCAGAGACCGCUCCGACAUCAAUGAAAGGGAUUUACGAUCAGGAGGUAGGAGUGUUACCUAUCAAAGGAACUGAAAACGUGAAUGGAGUUACAGCCUUUUAUUUCACAUUCCGAAAAAAUAAUGAAAAUGUUUAUACUGGAAAACUUAAAGAGAUUUCGUACCAAUCAGUCUGUCUUACAUCUGAAAUUAAAGACGGUGACAUCAUUACCUUAUAUCUAAAAGUCGAAGAUAUAAUGAAUAAUACCUUGAAAGACAGUGUUACGACCUACAUCAAACAUAUAACAGUAAACAUGGAAAAGGAGACAUCUCGUGAUCAAAUUGUAGGCGGUGUAACUGGAGGAAUUCUAUCCGUGUUUAUUGUUUUGUUAUUGCUAAUUGUUAUAGUACAACAUAAGAGGUUAACAGAGAAAAAAGGAAUCCGAAAUGACAGAUGUCAAGAAACAUAUGAAUCACCUGGGACCAAAGAAAGACAAUCAAAUGUUUACGAUGAUGUCAGUUCGGGUGCAUCAAACUCAAUAUAUGAAUCCAUUCGUUUAAAGCAAAAAUCUACAAUUCACGAAUUUGUUGACAAGGAAAACGAUCGAAACAGGUCAAUGUAUGUGAAUCAAAAUUUCUAGAAACUGAUUGUUCAUGGAGUUUCGAGACACUGUGCGAUUUCAUAGGAACGGUCAUGGAUUGGACUCAAAGAACAACUAUGUUAUCAUAAUAAUAUUGCAUUUUGACGCUCUAAUCUACAGUCCAGUUGCUUCAAUAUUACAAUUUUUUUAUGAAAAUAAAAUUUACAACCCAAUUCAAAAAAGGCAUAUGGUAGACUGUCAUAAUGAAUAUCUUGUGUUGCUAGCAGUAUGGAUACAAAAUAUCUUGUGUUGCUAGCAGUAUGGAUACAAAAUAU